CUCGAUUCACCUCCAUAUCUCUUCUCUCUCGACUCGAUCCUCCGCUCAGUUCCCACCCCAACCCGACCCGAGGAUUUUCAAUCUUUUCAUUUUCCCUCCAAAUAUUUUCCUUAGCAUCACUCUACAUCUACUCUAAACCCUGAAAAUUUCCUCAUCAUUUAGGGUUAUGGUAAACCCUAUGUGAUUAUUUAACUGCCCAAAUUCAUAUUCUGCCUCUUCAAGGAUCUAAUUGAUUUGGGUUUUGUUGAAUUGCGUUUACUAUUUUAAUUUUUGGAUGCCGCUCCAUUGGUUGCUAGAACUAGCUUGCCUCUUUUAUUUGAUUGUUUUCCGAGGAAAAUCUUGUUAGUGGAUGGUUCUUGUGUUUCUUGUGUAUCAACAGGUUGGUGUUUAAUGGAUUAUCUUUGACAUGAGGGGUCAAAUAUGAACAAUGGAGGUACACAGGGAAGACAAAAAAGCUGAUGACUUUGGUCGCGCGGUUUCGAGAAUGGCAGUGGCGCAAAUAUGCGAGACCCUGGGGUUUCAUGGGUUCAAAGAGUCAGCUUUGGAUGCUCUCACUGACGUUGCAAUUCGUUACCUCCUUGACCUUGGCAAGACUGCAAGUACUCACGCUAAUUUAUCAGGUAGAACCCAAUGUAAUUUGUUUGACAUAGUUCGAGGUUUUGAAGAUAUGGGUGCACCUCGGGGGUUUUCGGGUGCAUCAAGUAGUGGCAAUUGUGUUGUUAGUUCGGGUACCAUUAAAGAGAUAAUUGAAUUUGUGGGUUCUACUGACGAGAUCCCUUUUGCUCAACCAGUGCCACCUUUUCCAGUUGUUAGAGAUAAGAGAUUAAUUCCUAGUUUUUUGAACAUGAGUGAAACACCGCCUGGAAAGCAUAUUCCUCCUUGGUUGCCUGCUUUUCCUGAUCCUCACACCUAUAUCCGCACUCCUAUGUGGAAUGAGAGGGUUGUGGAUCCUCGUGCAGAACAGAUUGAGCAAGCAAGGCAGAGGAGAAAGGCGGAAAGAGCCUUGUUGAGUUUGCAGCAGAGGUUGGUGAGCAAUGGCUCAGCAGAAGCUUCUUCAUCAGAGGCCAAUAAUGACAAUGUUAAGGAAUUAGGAGUACCUGAGUCUAACCCAUUUCUUUCCACGCCUUUGAAACCCGGGGAGAAGGAUGUUUCUGCUGUUGUGUUGCCAGACAAGCUAAAAAACAAUGCUUGUUUGAUGGAGGCAUUUGCACCUGCUAUUGAAGCUGCAAAGGAAGGUGACCUUGCUGAGAGUGAAGAUCGUGAGAGGAGGUUGCUUCCUGAGAAGAGGCCUGCGGUGAUAUUUAAAUUUAAAACUGGGAAGAAGUUAUUAGGUGAACCUUUGGAUUUGAGUCUUUCAAGAAAGGGUGGAGGGAGGGUAGGGCAUUGGUUAGGGCGAGACGAGGAGAGGGAUGAUAAGAAGAGGAGAGCAGAGUAUAUACUUAGGCAUUCUAUGGAAAAUCCACACGAACUCACCCAGUUGUAAAGUAAUUCAUUGACUGACCUGUUUAUUCAAGAAUGGCUGUAACAGUGGGCUAUGGGGGGCGUUGCAUGGAUAUUAUGACAUUCUGUUGUUUGCCCCUCCUGAUCCUAAUAACAAUUUUUGGAGGUAUGUGAGUACUUGAUUUUAAGGUUCUGAUUCUUUGACAGCAAAGUUGUAGCCGCUUUGUUCCAUCAUUUAAUGUGCCCAUCUUUAUUGUGGGAUGAAUGCAAUGUGCUCUCUGGUUCUGGCUGUUAUUCCCUUUUUUCUGUGUUUGAUAUGCAAUAAAGUUUAUAUAUUCAGGACA